UUUCGCACCAACUUCGGGUGCGAUCAGAGCGUUCUGUACCAUGACGUUUGGCAGUUCUUCAACGGUUACGGCCGCCGCCGUAGCGGUCGUGAUUUGCACCUUUCUCGCACUUCCGGGCGCGGUCCAGUCGGCCCGCAUUCUGUGCGUGUUCCCGAGCCCCAGCCGAUCCCACGUCCUGGUCGGGCAGGCCCUGCUGAAGGGGUUGGCCGUGCGGGGACAUGAGGUCACCAUGGUGAGUCCGUUCAAGCUGGCGAAGCCGGUUGCUAAUUAUCGGGAGGUGAUCAUCCCGGUGGAUGACUACACCAGCAAGAUGACCAAGGAGUUUUUGGAGAAGCCCCCGAACAUCCUGAAGACGCUGCCGGUGAUGAUGAUCAAGAUGAUGGAGACGGCCAAGCAGAUGGUGAACGAUCCCAAGUUUGUGGCGUUGAAAAGUGAGCAGUUUGAUGUGGUGAUCAAUGGAGUGUUUGUGGCGGAUUUCAUUCUUGGGUACGGAGCGCACUUCCAGGCACCGACGGUGGUGCUUUGGACGGCGGGAUUGACCAAGAUUACGGCUGAUUUGGUGGGGAAUCCGAGGGCGGUUUCUGCUGUGCCGCACAUCAUGCUUGGACCUCAGGACUCAAUGGUGCCGGUGGUGGCCCGGUUGAAGAACUUCAUGGUCAGCUGUAUCGAGAAUCUUGUUGGGUUGUACUCGUGGUAUCACCAGAAGGCGUUCUACGAGGAGGCCUUCCCACAAGAUCGAUAUCCGAGCUAUGACGCUGUCCGGAAGAACGUUUCUUUGGUAUUGCUGAACACCCACUUCUCUCACGCCGGUCCUCGUCCAUACCUGCAGAACGUGGUCGAGGUCGGUGGUCUGCAGAUCAAGACCAAGCCGGACCCAUUGCCGCAGGACAUCCAGGAGUGGUUGGACGGUGCCGAGCACGGAGCAAUCUACUUCUGUCUGGGAUCGAAUCUCAAAUCUAAAGAUCUACCGGCGGCUAAGUUGCAAGAGUUCGUGAAGAGUCUGGGCAAGCUCAAGCAACGUGUCCUGAUGAAGUGGGAAGCGGACACCAUUCCGAACCAACCGGCCAACGUGAUGACCAAGAAGUGGCUUCCACAGGACGACAUCCUGGCCCAUCCCAACGUGGUCCUCUUCAUCUCUCACGGAGGCCUGGGUGGAAUGGCCGAGGCACGAUAUCACGGCGUCCCGAUCCUCGGAAUCCCCAUCUUUGCCGAACAAUCCGGCAACGUCGGGUCGAUUGUCCGCGAAGGUUGGGGCUUGGAGGUAGACUACACCACCCUGACCGAGAAGCGACUGUCGAAAAAGUUGAAGCAGAUCCUCACCGAUCCAAGCUACCGCGCACGAGCCAAGGAAGUGUCCGUCGUGUACCGGGAUCGACCCCAGUCCGCGAUGGACACGGCCUGCUACUGGGUCGAGUACGUGAUCCGACACAAGGGCGCCCCCCAAAUGCACUACCAAGGCGCCGAACUCAACUUUUUCCAAAACGAAAUGCUGGACGUGAUCGCGAUCAUCUUUCUGGCGCUGUAUCUCGUAGUUAAAGUGCUGAAAUUGGCGUUCAAGGGCAUCGCGCGACUGCUCUGUCGCAGACAGACCAAGCAAAAAAUAAACUAACUCGCCGCUUCAUUGCUUGAUAAGAUAAGAGAUACGAGAAUGUUCCACAAAUAAAAAUAAUAAAAAUCAUCCUCCUCCA